ACUAUAAAAUUCCCGGGGAAAAUUGGCUUUGAGGAACAAAGAAGUUAGCUCUUUCGGCCGGCUGUCCAUAGGUGCUCUGUUUCUCUGGGAAUCUCUGCUGAUCUUUAGAAGAUUUGUUUGGGCCAUUCUAGCAGAAACUGGAGCGCGCAUGAGCUGAACUGGACCGUCGAGAACUUUGACAAGAAGUUGAAGAACUUUAAAUCAAAACCGCCCACAAGUUGUGACAGUUCCCCCGACAGUGUAGACAUGUCGAGUCCGUCCGACUCCAACGGCCGAGAGGACCAGUUGAACGCCCUAUGGCACGCCUUCCAUGCGCUGGACGAGAAGAGAGAGGGCACGGUACAGAAGUCCAAACUCAAGGUUCUCACCCACAGUUUGGGGACUGUUGUCUACACCCCACCUGCCGAGGAUGUGGAGAAACACUUCGGUGACCUGACUGUCACAUUCCAGGCUUACGCAGACUUCAUCAAGACAGUCAUAUUCCAAGGUCUGUCGGAGAAUUCCAUUCCAGACUGGAGCAGGUUUGAUCAGGUGUGCUGGCAGAUCUGCUGUGGGAAGCACCUGAGUAAGGAUCGUCGGGAGAAGACUCUGACUGACGAACACGCCUUCCAGGUGUGGCAAAUGUUCAACAGACUGGCCGAGCCCGACAGAUACCCACUGGUGAUGGACAUAGAGGAGGUGCAGUUCCUCCUACAAAAGCUAGUUGGUGCCAUGGGCGGUCAGUGGAUGGAGGCAGACUUCCACGUCUUCUCCAACUCUCUCCCCACCAUGUCUGUGUGGCAGCUCAUCGCAUGCAUAGAGACAAAGUACUCGGAGGGGAUAGAGCCUGAGACUGUGUGCGAAGCUGUGGCAGAGCUACACAAGGAACUAGUGCUUGAUGUUGUGAAAGAGGGCUUGAUGUCCAAGAAGGGCCAUGUAAGGACCAAUUGGAAGGAGCGUUGGUUUGUGCUGAAGCCCUGCAGUCUGGUUUACUACACCGGCAAGGACCAGAGGGACAAGAAGGGCGAGAUUGUCAACCCUACUCCAUGGAAGGUCCAGCUGCUAGGAGAGAAGUCUCGUGAGGGUAAGCAGCGACUGUUGCUGACAGCCAGUGCAAACAUGUCGUACGAGAUGGCUGCCCCGGAUCUGAGGAGCAGACAGGCAUGGAUAACUGCCAUUCAGAGCGUGAUUGAUCUCUCCAAAACUGGCUGCUCCUCCCUGGUCAAGAAACAUGCGCAACAGAGGAGAGAAAUGCGAGAGAAGAGACGGACGGAAGAGAAGAAGGAGCAGGAGAGGAAAAGGAAAGACAGCGAACUUAUGGAGGAACAGAGGAAGAACCUGGAAGAAGAGAAACAGGCACGUUCAGAAGCUGAAGCGAAGUUGGCCCUGGAGACAGUUCUGCGCGAGGAGGAGGAACAGAUGAGGAAAGAGUUGGAGGAGAUGAACAGGCAACUGGAGAAACUCCUGGAGGAGGAAAGACAGGCCAAGAAAGAUGAAGAGAUCGUCAGGGCCCUGCAGGCAAAACUGCUCCAGGAGGAGUUUGAGCGGAGAGAGCAGCUGGAAAAGUUGAAGGCAGAUCAGGACAAACUGCUGGAAGAUGAGCGGAAGCAGCGCCAAGAGCUGGAAGAGCAGCGCAGGGAGGAGCAGCAGAGGCUGGAACAGCUUCAACAAGAGAGAGAAGCGGCAGAUCAGCAAUUAAAGGAAGCCUCCCAGAAACUACAAGAUGCUGAGGACAAACACAAGAAGAUGAUGGCUGCAGUAGAGGAGAGGAAACGGUGGAAGGCCCCGGGACUGGCCAGACCCAUCCAGCCAGCCGCCAACCCUCUCAUCACGCACAGGGGCUUGGGGGCCUUUACUGAGCGGGAGUUUGAAAUCCAGAAGCAGAAGUUAGCAAGAGACAACGAGCCUCACUCUGAGGAAGGUGAUGCGGGAGAGUCCAAAGCACCAGAAGGGGGUGAGCAGGAUGAUGUCUUUGAUGAUCCAGUGAAGGAGAAAAAAGAGGAGAGGUCAUCAGACGAAGGAAUAGGUGAAGAAGAAAAGGAAGAUUAGACAGGAAACUGUCCUACUGAAAGGGGGAAAUGUAACAAAAAUGAUACAUUUUUUAACAUAAUUACCUACCUAUUUUUAGACUCUGUCUGAGAUGCUUAAUUGUUUGCAUCACUAGUUAAGAAGUGUGAUUUUUAAUGGGUGUGCCUAAGCUAUAUAUUUAGUUUUGCUAGAAUGUAGGCAUGAGAAAUGUGCUGGAUAGUUUCUGGUAGAGCAGAUGGCAUUAUGUAGACAUUUUUAUCUGUUAAGUAUACCUUAAUAUUGUCUACUCAUGAAUAGAGUAUUCCUCUGCUUUUGAUAGGCACAUUGAUGUAGAAAUGUUUGAGAUAUCAAAUAACACUAUUGUUUAUACAUGUAUAUCAUAUUGUAUUACAACUUUGUGUCAAAGUAGUGUAGAAGAAAGGUCUUGAUAUAGAUAUAUAUAGCUAUUAGAUUCAAAUAUAUUACUAGUUUGAUAUAUACCAGUGUAAUGCGAAACAUCUACCAGUACAAGAAAAGUACUCAUAGUUUGCUUGCAUGAUCCCAAAGAAUAGCUUAAUGUUUACAGAUUACUGUGUUAUUAUACAUUGUCUAUUAGGCUAUUAUAGAUAUGAAAAUCAACUGGACAUUUAAUGUAUUACUAGUACCUCAAAUUAGAGAAUAUCAUGUGAAAAUGUUUGACAAAAAUAAAAGAAAAUAGAACGGCAACCUUCCCAACUUGAGUUUGACAUGAAAUGAAACACGAAAAACACAUUUUUUCCUUAGAAAGUACAUGUAAAACUUUAUUCCACACCGUUUCAUAUGCAACAAUUUGUCCAAUAAAUUUCUUAAUGUAAAA